UUAUUGUAGUAUUGUGUUGCGGGGUUGCGGUGCUUCAUGUUAUACAUGUAGGGUAGUAGGAAUUUGCUUAGUAACUGAUGCUUACAAAUUUUUGUAUUUUUUUUUUCUUUUCGUGGUUAAAAUUUGUAUAACUGCUGUUUAUCACAUGCUGUCACCCCCGUGACCCUUCUGCUUUCGUUUCAAUUGUAUAUAGUGAAUUAUGUCGAACCUUACAAAACUUGAAUUUGCGGCCCUUGAUAUUACUGGAAAGAACUAUCUGUCUUGGGUGCUAGACGCUGAAAUUCACCUAGAUGCAAAAGACCUUGGUGAUACAAUCAAAGCAGGAAAUAAAGCAACAAGUCAAAACAAAGCUAAGGCUAUGAUAUUUCUUCGCCACCACCUCCAUGAAGGUCUUAAGAUUGAGUACUUGACUGUGAAAGAUCCACAAGUCCUUUGGAGUAAUCUAAAGGAAAGGUAUGACCACCAGAAAACUGUAAUACUACCCAAAGCUCGUUAUGACUGGUUACAUUUAAGACUACAAGACUUUAAGUCUGUAAGUGAAUAUAACUCAGCUAUGUUCAGAAUUACUUCACAGUUGAAAUUAUGUGGAGAGAAAAUCACUGAUGCAGAAAUGCUAGAGAAAACAUACACUACCUUUCAUGCGAAUAAUGUUGUCCUGCAGACACAAUACCGUGAAAAGGAAUUUAAGAAAUAUUCUGAACUUAUAUCUUGUCUCCUUGUGGCUGAGCAAAAUAAUGAGCUACUGAUGAAAAAUCAUGAAUCACGUCCAACUGGUUCUGCUCCAUUCCCUGAAGCGAAUGCGACAUCCCAUAAUGGGAAAGAAAAAUAUCAUGCCAACAAUCGUGGACGUGGACGUGGACAUGGUCGAGGUCGUGGACGUGGACGUGGAUACGGAUAUGGUCGAGGCCGAGGCCGAGGUAGUUAUUUCCAGAAUUCAUAUUCCCACCAGAAGGGGGACAAUAAAGAUGAUAACAAACAAGAGAAAGAUAAAAAUGAGAACGUGACCAAUGUAUGUUACAGAUGUGGAGGAAAAGGUCAUUGGUCUCGUACGUGUCGUACACCAAAACACUUGGUUGACCUCUAUCAACAAUCAUUGAAGCAAAAGGGAAAGAAAGUAGAAACAAAUCUUGUGUACGAAGAUGGCGAAGGUGAUUUUGAUUGUGGCAAUACAACUCACCUGGAAGUUGCUGAUUUCUUCACCACCCCUGAAGGAAAUAAUUAA